AUGGCACCAGAGCAAACUGACCUGAUCCAUUGCACCAAUGAGCUGAAUGUGAGUGUUCCCCACCUGGCCGACACGCUGCUGGAGCGCUCGGCCAGCCACAGCUGGGUGGUGGUGUUCAAGGCCCUCAUCACCACCCACCACCUGAUGAUGUACGGCAACGAGAGAUUGAUCCAGUACCUUGCCUCCAGAAACACACUCUUCAACCUCAACAACUUUCUAGACAAGUCUGCACUACAAGGUUACGACAUGUCCACCUUCAUCAGGCGCUACAGCCGCUACCUGAACGAGAAGGCCAUGUCCUACCGGCUAGUGGCCGUGGACUUCACCAAGAUGAAGAGAGGGGCCGAUGGAGUCAUGCGGACCAUGACCACAGAGAAACUGAUCAAGACUCUACCAAUCAUUCAGAAUCAGUUGGAUGCACUAUUGGACUUUCAGCCAAACUCCAAUGAACUGACUAACGGAGUGAUCAACGCAGGGUUCAUGCUGCUCUUUAAAGACUCCAUACGGCUGUUUGCUGCCUACAACGAGGGGGUCAUAAACAUGCUUGAAAAAUACUUUGACAUGAAGAAGAACCAGUGCAAAGACGCCCUUGAGAUCUACAAGACCUUCCUCAACAGAAUGACACGGCUCUCAGAGUUCCUCAAAGUAGCAGAGCAAGUUGGGAUAGAUCAGGGCGACAGCCCCGAUCUCACACAGGCACCCAGCUCCCUCCUCGAGGCCCUUGAGCAGCACCUAGCCUCCCUGGAGGGCCGCAAGAUCAAAGAGCUGUCGGCGGCUAACAGCACUGGGAUCGCUCUCAGCCGCAUGGAUGACAAGACAGACGACAACAAACUGCAACAACACAAGGAGGGGCCAAAAGUGAUUGACAUUCAGACACCCAAUGUCUCUCCCAGCACCCAGUCUGUGGGCAGUGCUAACAGCAGUGGAGGAGCCAAUGAUCUCUUUGCCAACUCUCCCGUCGUACCCAUCAGCAACCACGUGCCAAACCUGACCAGUGAGUUGUUCAGCCUGCAGCCGAGCUUCACUCCCAUCCAGACCACACACACUGUGCCCAACAAUAACAAUGCCUGGGGAGGUGACCUGCUAAAGUCAGCACCACCACCCCAAAUCCAUAGCCAAGGAGCCCUUUUGCAUUCUGGGAAGAUGCUACACAGUGAUCUGGACUCCUCCUUAGCCCACCUCGUCGGCAACCUGCAGUUCGGUGGAACUCCUGCCAAAAAGCCAGAGCUGCAGUGGAGUCAGCUGGUGGAGAAGAAGCCGAGCGGGGGCGGCUGGCAGUCUAAAGGCAUGUGCACCAGCACCAACUGGGCCCACGCCAUGCCCCCGGCACCCAUGGCGGUCCCUCAGAUGAAUGGCAUGAUCUACACUGGCUACGCCCCGGCUCCUGUGGCGUUCCCUAUGACAUCCCAAGUGCCUGUAUACGGGAUGCUCCCCCCCCAGAUGGGCCAUCAGAUGGGAGGCGUUCAGAUGAUGGCUCCCCAGCCUGUUAUGUACAACCAGCCCGUCCUGAGGCCAUCCAACCCCUUUGCACCUAUGCCGGGAACCCAGAUGCACUUCAUGUAGGAACGAUAAAGUAACCAUGGCAGCACAGCUAAGGCCGAACGAAGGACUGGAAGGAGGGUGGAGAGAAUGAGAACGCAUUAAGAACGAGAGAUGCAGUUGAAGAAAUUAAACUAACCAAUCCGGAACCAAAUCCAGCGCAGGGGGAAAGAUGCAAACUGGAGAGAAGGGAGGAAAGGCAUGGAAGAGAAACCACAGGCAGGUCGAGAUGAAACCAUGAGUCUUUAAACUCUUCUCCUGCCAUCUCCUCUCCUCUCUCCUUAUCGGCGAAAUAGCGAAGAGAGGCCCUCCUCAAUCUCCUUUAAUUCUGUUUGAUUUGCCAUUAGUGAAUGGCGCCGUUCUGUCUGUUGAUGAAUGCAAUGUUUAUGGCUUGCGAUGAUACAAGCGAGAGCCGCGGAUGAAGUGCAGAAGCCUCACUAUUCCUUUACCCUUGUCAGAAACAAACCCUUCUCAGUCUCAUGACUUUAGUCAUCCAUGAUGGACAUAUCUUUUCUCCGAUUGGGUCAUUUGCACGUACUUUCCUCGAGGCAAACUUUGCCAUGUGGUUAAUGUACCACUGUUGGUGAUUUGAUGCUUGUUGAUGAAAUCCCUCCGGUAUCCUGCUUUUGGGUCGUCUGUCAGAACCUCAUUCAUGACCUGAUGUCAGCGGUUACAACGGACAGACGUGUGAAAGACCUUUUUUAAUUUCUUUGUUUUAUUCCACUAUUUUAGUGUGCUGUGUCAUUGUAUUGCAACUUAAGUCUUUUACAAGUUUUAAAGUUUGUUUGUGAUUGCCAACGUCAAAUGACAAAAAUGUGAAUUGGAAUGACUUUCCUGUUUCUUGGAGUGUGGAUGACUACGGAGGAUUUGUAUGUAUCUUUUAGUUUGUUUCUUUUUGCAGUCCUGUGUCUAGAUGUCAGGUGCCUGAUGUACUUAUGUUACCAGGUACCGCCAUGUGUAACUGCACUGGAAUCACUGAUGAAAGCACUGAGCCAGACCCAGGAACCAUAUCUGGAUGUUAACAAAACCUCAUGAACUAACUUCACCUCAAAGCAGCAGUGAGAGCACUGUGCAUCUCAUGCUUCCGUCUUCAUCUACAGCUGUGCAACAUCACGCAAAGCCCACAACCAUCUUCUUCACUACGUCUCCGUUUAGGAAAUGUCUUCGUUGUAAUAGUAGUCUCGUACUUCUUUGUGAGUCUGUCAGGAUUCUGUACAGAAUGCUGUUUGUUUUAGUAAGCUUAACUCCUGCAAUUUUAUACCCUUACCCUUAUGGUAGCGAACGAUGCACUGAGCUAAGGGGAGGUGGUCCGAGGUUGGUAGGUUCUCAGUCUUGCCAAUCAGAAACAGUCUGAGACCUCCAGAUGUUCACUCCCACCGCCUAAUAUUACCAACUGCCCUGAGCAUCGUCCCCCCCCCCCCCCCCCCGUCCACAGAUAUUCUUAAACUUCAGAUGCCAGUUUAACAGUAACCUGGGCAUUAGACCCCUAUCCAUAUCAAUAGCAAUUGCUUGUAUGGGCAUAAGAUAAGGUCAACAGUCCGAAAUGAAGAAGCAAUCCAAGAACAUUUAAGAAAUGUCUGUCAUGUACAAACCCUAGUUAAAUCUAAUGUCCUUUAGAUCCAUUCAGACAGGUGGCAAAGCCACUAAGAAUUGCAUCUUAACACGACUUUGGGGGUUGAAUACGAGACGAGUUAGACCUACACAGACGGUAUAUAAAAUAGCACAAACCUCCCAAGAGGGGGGACAACACUGCUGCACAAAAACUAAAAAUCAUAGCUGGGAUGUACAGUCGAAAGGGGCAAUAAUCGAUUUUGGAGUAAGUGGUUUUUCUAAUUGAUGUGUCUGUUGUGUCUAUGUACUGUGUGUGUAUGUACACACCUUCCCACCGAGAUGAACAGGGUCAUGUUCCCAGGGCAAGACCUUCCCUGUGUACUCCCGUGUCUACAUGGGAAGAAGCCCAGUCCUGGUAAUGUACUCACUUAGCAAUGAGUGUCGUCCUGAGCAGUUUCUCAGUGUCCUACAUGUCCCCAGGGCCUGCUAUGAGACGGCUCUAGGACCAUGUUAGCUAGAAACAUCAAACAUCGGUCAUCAGAUAUGUUGAAAUGACGAGAGCAAAUCUCAAGUUCACUUCUCCAUCAUACAACUUGAACUGCCCAUGUGGAUGAGCCUGGAGCAACAUCUCAAAGAAUUGAGAAUGUACCAAUUCGUAGGGAACUUUUUUUUCUUCUCCAUUUUAGUAAUUCUCGCUUGAACUGCUGGCUGUGUCUAAAACCCAAUGUUCCCAAGAAAGUGUAGUGAUGACAAAUACCAGCAGAGAGAUUGUCAUUUGAGAAACAUUGUCACCAAGUAGUAAGCAGUUGGCUUGACGAUAAUACAGCGUAGACUGGAGAUACCCAAACGAAUGGCCAUCAAUUCGGGAUUUGUCCUUUGGAAACUUGUGGUACUCCAUACGUCCGUGUUAAGAGUGGUCCGUCUUUCUUGUGAGCAACAUUGUGGAACUCUGGGCCACAAUGCAGCCCUGUCUCUCCUAGGCCAAUCUUUGACUGUUACCAAUUGUUUUGUCCUCUGUAUAUAGGUAACGCUCUUCAUGUGUUUUAGACGUUCUCUGUAAGUGACUGAAGCGCCAUUGGACAAUGUACUGUAUGUGGGACAAUUUAUUGCUGUAACUGUGUUUGGGUGGUUGUAACUUUGAA